UUUGGUGUAGGCGGGCCAACCAAUGCGGAAAUCUGCUUGUGCGGUGGAGAUUGUGCAUGAUGUCCUUGCCUGCCUAGUUUUGGGCUAACCUAGAUUAAAAACUCACAUUCUACUUGGUGGAGUUAAUUGUUUUCUUUUUACCCGAUUUAACUUUUAAAGAUAGUCCGUUAUGCCUUUACACAAAUACUCCCCCAAAAUCUGGGAGGCUCUAAAACUGAAGCAGGGCAUCUACGCUCGUCUCCCCAAACACUACAUUAAAUCCCUUGAGCAGAAAGAUCCCAGACCUGUCCAUUGGAGACCUCUGGGAGUCCAGUACCGAGCCAACCCAACGACCAGGCAGAAGGAACGAGUGCAGGAUGUCCCGAUACCCAUCUACUACCCUCCAAGCUCCCAGGACGGCCUUUGGGGAGGAGAGGGCUGGAUAUCAGGCUUCCGAUACGCCAAUAAUGACAAAAUGUCGACUCGUCUGAAGAAGACAUGGAAACCACAGCUGUUCAAGAGAGAGUUGUAUAGCGAGAUCCUCGAUCACAAGUUCACCAUCACAGUCACAGCACGCACUCUGGACCUCAUCGAUGCUGCCUUUGGUUUCGACUCCUAUAUUCUCAGCACAUCAAAGGAAGACCUGAACUCCAAGCUGGGGAUGGACCUGAAGAGGGCCAUGUUGCUUCGCCUGGCACACAGAAACACAGAGCUUUACCCCUCCGACCCUGUCAAGAGAGAGAAGGUCUACAACAAAUACAAGCAGCAGUUUGAGAUCCCAGAGGAGGAGGCAGAGUGGUUGGGUCUGAGUCUGGAGGAGGCCGUGGAGAAACAGAGGCAGCUGGAGCACAAGGAGCCGGAGCCUCUGUUUAAGGCCUGUGUGGAGGAGCUGGUGAAGGAGCUGCACGUCCAAAAGCUCUCGGAGCCACACCUCAUAGAGAAUAAGUGACAACAGAGGCAGCUUUUCAGACGUAGGUUGAACUGUCAAGCUUCUGCAGAUUGUGGUGGAAAUCACAAAGUUUCUUAAACUAUUUCACCCGGGAGAACUUCCUGUAGUUUCAACUUGUAUUUCCUUCUGGGAGGGAAACAAAGAUAAAAGACCACAAGGGACGAGGUCAUGUUGGAGUAAUUCUUAUUUAUUUCCCCCCUUGCAUUUAAGAUCCAAAAAUUGACGGCAUUUUAAGAAUGAAGGAAAAAAGCCUCCGUCGGUGUAAAUACUCCCCGACCAGCUGUGAUAUCAGGCCCUUGUACAGGAUGUCUAAAAAAAAUAAAAGAUUCCCCUUUUUUCCUAAA